GCAUAUAUUUGACGUCAUCCAACUCCCAGCUCAAGAAAAUAAAACGACUCGCCAAAGAACCAAAACCGAACUAUCUCUCCCCUAGUAUCGCAACGCAACAUUAUUCACAAUGUCCUCAGCACGAUCUGGCGCUAUGCAGUCCAAAGUGGGCAACCCACAAAUAUACGAAGCGGGGGACCAACGAACAUCCAAGGAAACGGAUAAGAACCCCCACAAGAAGUACGACGAAGGACAAGGCAAUGCACAUCAUGAUCUAGACUCAAAAGAUGAGCGCAGCAUAGGCAAUCGUCUGGCCGCUGCAUCUAAGCACUCGCGUGAUACAAGCACUGGGGAUGCGCCCGAUUCAUCUACAGAUCCGUUGGCGCCUGCACGAGCACAUGGGAACGAACCGUCCAGGGGAGCACAAGUAGAUGCAGAGCUGCAGCGUGAAGAUGAGGAGGAGAUGCAAAGAAAAGGCGCUUAGGCAUCAGUAUUGACAUCCAUGCCCUUGAUACAUCCAUGCCCUUGAUAUCAACACGACCGAGUCGACGCAAAUGAUCAUCGAUUCGUGAAAUGAUAUAAAACCCU